GUCAAACUCGGACGUCCUUCGUUCCAUAGAUUCAAGUCUAACCUAUAAUAUUUUGAAGUUUUAUAAAUCAUAUUUUGUUCACAGAUGUAUGUUUAUGAUUUUUUUACAUUUCCAGCAAACAAAUAACUAAUUAGUUAAGAUGUUAACCUAGAAAUAGUGUAGCGAUAUUUCCUUACCAUGUCCUACCUAAAGGUGUUGCACUGUAGUUUUUGUGUUAAGCAUGGCAUCUACGGCCUUUCUUCAAAAUCAGUACUACUUAAAAUUGGUCAAGGUCAAGAAAUACAACAACUGGCCAAAAUAUCAACUUCAAACAACUGGAAAAGUAAACUACCAAUAACAACACAAACUCAGAGCUUGCAAAAUGUAAAGGGCAAAAAAAUUCCAAAGGACACUAGAGCAUGGAAAGAAACACCAACACAUGACAUUAAGAACAAUGUGGGCAACUACUGUAUGAUGCUAUCAAAAUUUCGUUUGACAUCUCUAGUAGUGAUGACAUCAAUGGCGGGAUAUGCUCUUGCCCCUGCACCAUUCAACUUCACAACAUUUGCCCUAUGUGCAGUUGGCACUGGCUUAGUUUCCUCUGCAGCUAACUCUAUCAACCAGUAUCAUGAGGUGCCAUUUGAUGCUCAAAUGUCAAGAACUAAGAACAGAGUGCUUGUUAAAGGAUUGCUAGAACCUGUCCAUGCGAUCAGUUUUGCAGCAGUUACAAGUGCAACAGGACUUGGUGUAUUAUAUUUCGGAGUUAAUCCACUGACAGCAGCAUUAGGUGCAGGCAACCUUGUGCUCUAUACAUCUGUGUAUACUCCUAUGAAAAGGAUGUCUAUUUUAAAUACAUGGCUUGGGUCUGUUGUUGGUGCGAUACCACCAUUGAUGGGCUGGGCUGGCUGUACGGGCGGUUUAGACGCGGGUGCGCUCGUGCUAGGGAUGGUGCUGUACUCGUGGCAAUUCCCGCACUUCAAUGCCCUCUCGUGGAACUUGCGACCGGAUUAUUCGCGCGCCGGGUACAGAAUGAUGGCUGUUACUGAUCCUGGUUUAUGUCGACGAGUAGCGUUAAGACACACUGGAGUUAUAACGGCGACUUGCAUUGCUUCUUCAUACUUAGAUGUGACAAAUAUGUGGUUCGCCUUGGAGUCCUUACCAUUAAAUGUAUAUUUUAUGUACUUAGCUUGGCAAUUUUACAAGAAAUCAGACAGUGGUAGUUCAAGGAAACUGUUCAGAUUCUCUUUGAUACAUUUACCAGCCUUAAUGUUACUUAUGCUAGUCAAUAAAAAGUAUUGGAGUUCAAGUGAAACUCAGGAACAUAAGGAUGUAAUGAAGUCGCAAGAUUUGAACAAGUUUCCAGAGUCCAAGAGGCUGACAGUAUUGCCCCGUGGGCCCGUCGUCACCGCGCAAGAAACUGACUUAUCGAAAAACUGACCAAAUGACUUGUCAUAAAACUACAAAUUUGUAGAUGCUAGUUUUUUUCCUCUUCUGUAAAUAGUGUACAAUUAUUUUAUUUACUUUAGCUUGCGUUGUAAGAUAAUAAAUCCACAUGCUAUUGUUA